AUGGUUGAAAGGUUGGUGUCGACAAUUGGAGAAGAGUUGGCUUCCCUGCAGUUGAGGUUAAUGGAUGAGGGUGAAAAGAAAGAUGUGGUAGAAGCAGUAAGCAGCGAAGAUGAUGAAGAGAACUCAAGUAAAGAUGAAGAAACUAGUAGAGAUGGUAAAGGAAGCUCAAGGGAUUCAAUACAUGAGGAAGAACAAAGUAAACCUGAAAAACAUGAUAAGGAAGAGGAAAAAAGUAGUCCGCUUGAAGAAGAAAGUAAAUCUCAAAAUGAAGAGAAAGGAGAAGGGAGUGAACCAAAAAAAGAUGACAAAGAAGAGGAGAAAAAUGCUCCCCCUGAAGAAGAGAGUCGAUCUCAACAUAAAGAGAAAGGAGAAGGGAGUAACCCUGGAUUAGAGGAUGAUGGAGAAUAA